UGCAACACCGGCAGCCUCCAGUGCUGCCAGACCACCGUCGACAACGACACCAUCCAGGGCCAGCAGACCAUCGCCGGCCUCCUCGGCGUCGCUCUCGACGGCAUAACAGGCCUCGUCGGCCUCCAGUGCGCGCCCAUCGGCGUCAUCGCCAUCGAGAGCGGCAACGCUUGCAACCAGACGCCGAUCUGCUGCAACAACAACACGUACCAGGGGCUGAUCAACAUCGGCUGCGUGCCCAUCAUCAUCCACUGA